CUUAAAAACGCUUGACAUUAUAAGAUUUUUUUACCUAACUGAAAAAGGUCUCCUUCUACAUUGAGAAAACAAGAUUAAGAAGUGCACACCACAGUAAAUGCAGUCAAUAUAUAUCGAGAAUGAGUUAUCUUCCUGGAACUGCGAGUUUAGUUGAAGAAAUAGACAAAAAACUGUUGGUUGUUUUACGUGAUGGAAGGACACUAAUUGGAUUCCUUAGAAGCAUUGAUCAGUUUGCCAAUUUAGUCCUUCAGAGAACUAUCGAGAGAAUUCAUGUUGGAAAGAAGUAUGGCGACAUUCCGAGAGGAAUCUUCGUAGUUCGUGGAGAAAAUGUGGUGUUACUUGGAGAAAUUGAUCUUGAAAAUGAAGACAAUCACCCACUAGAGGAGGUUCCCAUCGACGAUAUUCUAGAAAUGCAGAGAGAGGAACAACUACAAAAACAGCAAGCAGAGGAGAGAAAGAAAAAGUCCAUGUUGGAACAAGGACUUCAGCCCCAUUCAGAAAUGCAUGAAGAAUACCUCUGAUGAUGAUAACUGGAACUGAUAAAGGCUUACAAUGGAACUGAUAGUGGUUACAACAAAUAACUGAUAGUGAUAGGGACUGAUAGUGGUUUACAGCAAACAUUUGAUAGUGCUUUACAAUGAAACUGAUCAGCAGUUUAAAUAACUGAUAGUGGUUUACAACAAAUAAAUGAUAGUGAUUUACAUCAAAUAACUGAUAGUGGUUUACAACAAAUAACUGAUAGUUGGUUUACAACAAAUAACUGAAGGUGACCGACGCUUGAACUGAUAGUGGAUUGCAGUGCAACUGAUAGGGGUUUGAAAAUUAACUGAUCAUGAGAGUAGUUUGAAAAACAGCUGAUAGUUGUUUACAACGAAAUGAAAUGAUAGUGCUUACUUUGAAACUGGUAGUGGUUUAUAAUUAAUUCCAUAGUGCUAACAAUGAACCUGAUCUUUACAACAAAUACCUGAUAGUGAUUUGAAAUAAAUAACUGAUAUCAGUUUGUGGUUUAACAUUAUAUAGCAUCUAAUAGUAGCUUAUAAUAAAGAAAACCUCUUUUUGAAAAGGUCAACAACAAUCAAUAUCAAUGACAAAAGAGAUAAAUUUAAUUUAUUCAAUAUCUCUUGAUUACCAAAUCAUUUUCAAAGUGGAAAAUGUUAUAACCUGACCAAGGGACACAACUCAGAAACAUCAUGUGCAGAAAAUAAGUACAGCAAUGUGAAAUGGUAUUGUCGUCUAGCUUAUCUUUCUAUGAACUUUAUGAAGUAAUGUCCUAUACAUAUAUCUUCAUGAGAAUUUCUUUUUCCAAAGACAUUAUUUACACUACAGGGUAAUGCAUAGAUUGUCAAUGAUGUAGUUCUAAAAUUAUUAUUCAUUACAAAUUUUCAUUUAAGCAUUGUCCUGCAUAAUUGCAUUAUUAAAAUGGACAUCUUUUUCAAUUAAUUUGUAAUGUAUUUAUAAUUUUGAUGACAUGUGAAUUACAAGAAAUUAUCAUGUUGUGUGUGAGCGUGUGUCCUUUAUAUUUUUUUUAUUGUUUUGCAUCAUCGUUAUCAUAAGAUUAGGAUUAACGAUUAAAUUGUGUAUAUGUUGUAAUGGCCAUACAAUUGACUCCGUUAGAUAGGAGCCAUUUGUUUUUGUGCAGCACACGGCUACAAUGAAAUGUCAGCUACCCGUUAGAUAGGGUGAAAAUAGCUGAUGGUAGUUUUUUUGAUGGCUUUGUAUGUUUAUCCAUCACAUUGUGAUAUAGCAAUCACUGGAACUGGUCCGUUAAAUAGGAUUUAAAGUUCUAAGUAAUAAAUAAAUUACUUUCAAUGAAAAAAAAAAUAUUGUUGACUGUUUAUCAUUUAAUAGGAAAAUAAGUAUUUGAACCAAUAAGGGUGUUAUAAGUUAUUGCCAAUAUUUUCAUCUUUUUUUACUCAUUUUUGUUCUUCAUGAAGUGAAAUAAACUUGAAACACUCAA